AUGGAAGUCUGGACCGAGAGCAAGGAGCACUCCGUGGAAGGCCACACUCUCACGGGCACACUUAAUUUCAAGGGUGAAAGGAUCUGGGGCCCUAAUGGCUGUCACAGCAAUACGGUCAGUCUGGGAAAGGCACUUCAAGAAGCCGACUGGCGCUUUGCCAUGGUAUUCGAUGACAAGAGCCACUCAGUCGAAGGACACACUCGCUCCAUCAGCGUCAAGGACUGGAACGGGAAGGUCACUCUGAACAAACUCAGUACCCACUCCAACAUGGAUUCUCUGGCUAGAGUUGUCAUGCAGAAAAUCAGAGAGAAUGGGCCCCCUUGA